GUUGGUUUGGUCAUCAACUUUCCUGAUCUACCUCAACAGCUGUAAGUCUAAACUUGCAGCCCCUCAGUUGUACAGCAACUCAUAGUGAGUAGGGAAAAGGGGGACUUGAAACGGGGACAGAACAGUCUGGCCCCUUUCCCUUCGAACCAGAGGCACAGAUUUGCGACAGGGGAGAGAAGACACUAGUCUUAGGCGGAGAGGUGGGAAGCUUGCUGCAGUCACUGAGGAAAGAAGCUUCUAGGACACAGACGUAUAGAAGAACAUCCAAUUUUGUAGAUUUUUUUUUCAUACCAGGCAAAGAAUAUUCAUUUAACAGAAAUCUCACUACCUGGAAACAUGCACAAACGCACAAAGAUUAAGAUUGCUGUCUUCGUGCUGCUGGUGGGAAUGGCCUGCAUGUUCACGGCAGUAGUAACGGACCACUGGGCAGUGCUCAGCCCGCUGGUGGAUAAAGUCAAUGAGACCUGCGAGGCGGCCCACUUCGGCCUGUGGAGAUUGUGCAAGAAGCACAUCUACAUGAGCUCGGAAAACUACGUGGAGGGGCAUGGCUGCGGACCCAUCAGCCUGCCUGGAGAGGAAAACUGUACUUACUUCAGACACUUCACUCCAGGGCAGGAUGCUGAGAUAUUUGAAUAUAAAACACAAAAAGAGUACAACAUCUCCGCUGCAGCCAUCUCCAUCUUCAGUCUUGCCUUCAUAAUCCUGGGGUCUCUGUGUUUGAUGGGAUCAUGUACCGGAAAAGGCAAAGGAAGAGACUACCUCCUCAAACCUGCUGGAAUGUUUUUCGCAUUCGCAGGUCUCUGUUCCUUCAUCUCACUGGAGGUAAUGCGUCAGUCAGUCAAACGCAUGAUCGAGAGCGAGGACACAAUCUGGAUCGAAUACUACUACGCCUGGUCCUUUGCUUGCGCCUGCACUGGCUUUGUCCUCCUCUUUCUCACUGGCAUCGCCCUCCUGAUCCUCUCCAUGCCCCAGAUGCCCAGAAAUCCAUGGGAGACUUGCAUGGAUGCUGAGCCGGAGCAAGUAGAGUGAUAGCUAAGCAGACCGAUGAAUACGGGAUGAGAGUGACAGGGUCUUUCGUUUUAAGAACAUAUGUUAGAUUCAUUUCAUGAACAAGAGCUGGUCAUAAAAGGGUAAGGCAUUCAUGAUGCCAGAAACUGGUUUGGGCGUGGAUGGACCAUAGCGAUGAUGGAGAAUUUACCUCUCUACAAUUAUACAUCAACUCGAAUAUGGGCCAUUUUGAGUUUCAAAUGUUUACCUUAUCCUGUACACCCACCCAGAAUGUUAAAAAAAGCAGUCUUCUCCAACAUUUCCCUAGAUAUGUUCAUGAGCUCGAAUCUGACAUGAGGCCUAAAAACCACUAUACUUCUCAGUAAGAGCCAGCCUGGGCCAACUAUCAUCUUCAAUUAUUUUAUAAGGCGUUUAGUAUGCUUCAGUUUUUCUCUACAACUCUAACCUUUUACUGCUGGCACAUAUAAAAAAGAAAUGUUAAAAAGGAUUUAUCACACGUCACUGUUAUGUGACCAUGGUCUGGUUUGGUCUCCCAAAUGUCAUCAUUAUGCGCAUUUGAGAAUACAGGUCAUAUAGUUAUGUACAUCUACAACAAGUGACUUUAUGUGAUUUUAUGUACUGCAUUAUGUAUGAUAUCUUGUACAUAUCUAAUGUUUGUUGAUUUUUGUAUGGGAUCGCUCAAGGAAUGAAACAAGAAAUAUCGAUUAAGUAAGAGAUGUAUAUGUAUUCAAAUGUUAAGUUGUACAUUACAUUAAGAUUUAUAAAGACCCUUUACAUAAUGUCCCAUUAAAAUAAGAACUUGCAAAUAAAUGACUGAUUUCAAGCAAAGCACAGAACAGGUUUGUGUGUGUGUGUGGCAGGCUGAAUGCUAAACACCCACAGAGUCUGCAGCACUGAUCAUGCUGGAAAAGGUUCAGUUCUAGCAGGUGCACAUACAAGGCCUUUUACUUUUUGUUGACAGCUUACAAACCAAACCGAUACAAAACAAUUCUCUGUUCAUUUCCAUGCGUCAUCAUGCGGCGAACUGUUUUUUUUUGCAUCAGAGAUCAUGAAAACCCCACACUUUACCCCAGUGUGCAGACAGCUGCAGACUCAGUGUCAGCUCAGCUGUCAUUUUCUUUAAAAAAAAUAAAUAACAUGCUGUUUUGUUUAAGAAUGAACUGUCAAUAGCCAGCCGAAUCAUGCAAACAUAAUGCAAAGAGAAAAGAGGACACUGUUGAGAACGCAUUUCACCAGUUAAUGUCUACAGUAUAGGACUGACGAUGCUGGUCAGUCACUUCCAGCCUUGAGAACUCUACAUCUUAAAAAACAAAAUGUUUUCAUAUUAAAAAACAAUGAGCGAAGAAGAUAAAAUGUGGACUGGUAUUGCAAACAAACCUCCAUCAUUAUUAAACAAGUUAUUCAGGUAUGGUAGACAGAGGCGAAUGUGCAUAUAUACUUUCAUCAAAAUUGCAAUAAAACCUUUGCAAAAAGCUGUUACCUAUGUAUGAUCUUGAAGUUGUACAGUAGCUGUGGGUAUUCUGAGACACAGUGAAAGUCUCUGAACUAGACAUGUUUUUACUUUGCUUGGCAUGACGUCUGUAUGAAAUAGCUGCUAUCACGUGCAUUUAGCGGUUUAGCAUUUAAUAUAGUCGAACUUUUUGUGCAAGACCUGCAGCUGUUAGUGAGAGCAACAACCAUCCAUGUUAAUGAGCUUUUUCUGGGCAAAACUGCAUUUAUUUUCAUUUGUAUUGACUGUUACUGUUCUGAUACUGUGUAUUUAACUAACAAGUGAUAUAAAAAAACAAGCAGUAGAUUUUGAGUGUUUCUUAUGUGCUACAACUUUGUAACAAAAAUUAAAUCUUGAUAAGCUUUGGAAA